GGCUGCAUGGUUGUAUCCCAAAAAACUGUAAGAAACCUUGGCGUUACCCUUGACGCUGACCUCUCAUUGCUGGAGAGAGAUUGGUCUUGGGGUAUAGCAGCUUUGGAAAGAACACUGAAGCUAUGGUCCAAUACAAGGUCAGCAUGACAUCCCAUGACUGAUUAUACACCAGAUUAUUAGAGAUUCUGACAAAAAGACCCACUGUUAAGAGGUUUUUAGACUCUUCCUUUUCAGUCUUAUGAGACUCAACAGUGCAACAUUUGGGAGAUAUUUUAAUACUGUUAAACUACUUGGGAGAGUCCACUUAAAACCAUGUUUUUUGUUAUGUUCCAACAGAGUUUUUUUCAAAUAAGGUUUCUCAAAAGUUUUAUUAUGAAUUACACCAACAGUCACAUACAGUACUAUUCUACAAAUAAUCACAUAUUUGAAUUGUAUAUAUUAUUUUACUUGUUAUUUUACCUGUUCCUUGAUAGUUGAGCAAGCCUCUUAUGUUUUGCUGUUCUUGACAUUUUGUGACAAAGACCAUUGAGCUAACUUCCAAAAUCAUAAUAAUUUCAUGGCCCCUGUAUCCCCUCAACACUGUUAAAGAUUCUUUCAGCCUUCAUCCAAAAAGGCAGAAGAGCUCAGGAAGUCAAAUUACUUGUUCCCAUGUCUCAUAAACUCGGCUUCAAAGGUUAACUUCAUCAUGAGAGGAUGUCUUUAAAGAUAACCCACUUUUCAUGUGCUAUACAGUACAUGAGCUGAAUGAUGUAAACUGUAAACUGCUGUAAACUGUAGCCUGGAGCACAUUCCAAAAGGUACAACAUAGUGAAACGCUCAGAUUAUGUUGUAUAGAACAACACACCUUUUUAAUAAGAUACAUGUUGUUGUAUGCUCUAUUUGUUACAUUUCUGUCUGCACUGUUAAAAAAGAUUUGUUUACUAAUAGUUUCCUAUUCCACGGCAUGGCCCAGUAAUAAGAUGAAAAUCUGACUUUGGUAAAAUACUUUUUGACAUUUGUUUACAAUUUUUGUAUAUCUUUAUUUCUCAAGCCAAUCCUCUCGUGGCUGUGGUUCCUUUUACAGUUUGGAGCUCUGAGGUUUCUCAGCAUUGUGCCGCACAGUUUAUGGUUGUCCCCGCCUUACUCUUUGGUUCAUUUUAUGGUCUUGUUUCGUCACAGACAGCAGGGGAACUCUGUUGUUCUAUUAUACUUGGUUAAGCCUGUCCUUGAUUUAAGACACAGACUGCAUACCUGGAUGUCUGAUUACAAUACAGCCACUUCAGUUUAAAAAGGACAGAAAUGCAGGCAUGGUCAAAAUAUCUGAAUAUGAUAUUGUCUGACUGCAUACAAUACACACACAUCCAUGUGUGUUUGUUUCCGAAAUAAUUAUUUUUCAACUUUAUGUGCAUAAGUCUCCUGGAGCCCUUGUCUGAAGCAGUAUGAGGGGCUGACGUGUCUCACUUGACCGUCUUAUCGUCUGUCUCCAGCCCUGCUUUGUUCUUUACAACAGCCUGCUGUCUGGUUAACAAGCCACUCUGCACAGUUUUCCAGCCACCAUAUAAACCUUGUUGGUGAGCCGGCCAGACCCCAGUCAGUAUGGGAGGUUCAUGGGUGAAGACCAUUGAAGUUCUGUUCUGUCUGUGCUACUGUUUGAACAUGGGCAUUUCAGAUCAUCUCUCUGGUAAGUUAUGACAUGUAUACCGAUAAUAAUGUAAUUACUUCCGUCAUUUUGUUGGACGUACCCUUGUUCACUUCCAGAUGCAAAGUGUGGCACUCCACUGGUCAGGAACCUCCUUGAUCACUCUUUGAGAAUCGUUGGAGGGUUAGAAGCAAGAUAUGGAUCCCACCCCUGGUUGGCAAGUUUCGUUGAGGUUCAGGGGUUCUCAUUUCUGUGGAGGGGCCAUACUGACUGACCAUUGGAUCCUGACUGCUGCCCACUGCUUCACCAGCGUCUCCCAAGACUUUCUGAGAAACCUCAAUGCUGCCAUUGGGGAGUUUGACCAGAGAGUUCCUGACGAGGGGGAGCUGAACUUCACUGUAAAGACGAUCCAACUACAUGAGAAGUAUCGGCAUGCUUCUCCUAUGAGCUAUGACAUAGCCCUGCUGGAAAUCAACGGGCACAUCCGAUUUGGCCCCCGCGUUCAGCCCAUUUGCCUGCCUCUGCCCCGGGAGAGCUUCCCGCCCAGAACCGGCUGCCUUGUGAGUGGAUGGGGAAGGACAAAAGAGCGUGGUCGUCUACCUGCUGUCCUAAGAGAGGUGCAGCUGGAGUUAGUGGAGCCUGCUAAGUGCAAGUAUGUUCUCAAGACCCUAAGACCCACGCAGCAGGUCCUCACAGUGCUAUGUGCUGGACCAGAGGAAGGAGGAAAGGAUGCGUGUCAGGGUGACUCUGGGGGUCCUCUGAUCUGCCCCAGGAAGGGUGGCCACUGGGCUGUGGUGGGCGUCACCUCCUGGGGGAAAGGCUGUGGUCGGAGCUGGAUCAACAACAAGGCCAAGUCCCCGGCCAAGAGAGGCUCCCCAGGGGUUUUCACUGACGUCAGGAUGCUACUGCCCUGGAUCAAAACAAAACUGAGAGAAGCAGAUGCAAAUCUUAACCAAAGGUCCAUAUCAAGUAAGUAUUCCUUCUCAUUAAUUCCACGGUGCAUUGACUCAUGCUUUUGCACUGCACCCACGCCCUCUCUGUGUGUGUGUGUGUGUGUUGUGUAUUGUGUGUGUGCUUCAGGACUUUGCAGUGUGAUGGAUGGGGCUGUGAGUGGCAGUGAAGGUGUCAUCAGAAACCCCAGUCUUCCAGGUCGUCUAUACAACAACAAUGAGCUAUGUUCCUGGUCCAUUAACAUUCCUUUUGGGAGGAGUAUUCUGUUGGAAUUCCUGGAAUUUGACAUUGAGAAUGACACCUUCUGUCAGAGUGACCAGCUCACAGUAUUUGUGGGUACAAACCCAGAGAGGCCUGUUGGGAGGUUCUGUGGCAGCGCGCCUCCGGCCCCAGUGCUCAUUGACUCCCACAGUGCGUCUAUUCACUUUGUGACUGACGUCAGUGGAACUGGAAGUGGAUUUGCUGUUCGAUUCCGAGCUGUUCAAGGGAUUUCUGAGCCUGCGAUGGGAUGUGUGACCAUGGCGCUGGUCCAGGAACAGAAGGCGGUACACAGUCUGGACUACCCACGAUCCUACAGCAACAACUCCGUCUGCCGCUGGGUCCUCUACGCCCCGGAGGGUCACGUUGUCAAGCUUGACUUCAAUGACUUUGACCUGGAGCAGUCGGAGUUGUGCAAGUAUGAUUCUCUAACCGUGUAUGGGGAUGUGGACGCAGGAGACGAGAUAGCAAAGCUCUGUGGGAGGACUGUGCCUCCUCCUGUCCUCAGCUAUGACAACGUGAUGGUCCUUCAGUUCAGCUCAGACAGCACGGUUACCUUCCGAGGCUUCCACGCCACCGUCUCAUUCAUUAGCAAGGCAGACCUGCUAGAGGAGGAUGGGCGUGAACUGAACAUGGAGGCAGAUCAUGUUCACAUACGUCACACACUGCCAGACUCGUGUGGAAUGCCUGAUAUUCCUGCAGCCUCCACCCACAGUCAGUCUCUGGUGGUACAGGGACCGUCACAGCAUUCCUGGCCCUGGGAAGUGCGCCUCAGCCUGGACAUGGAGGACAUCUGCACCGGGGCCAUCGUCCAGCCAGACUGGGUCCUGACUGCUGCUCACUGCCUGCCUGGCCUGGCCUCUGUUUUCCCCCCUAAAAACAAACACAGGAAGGAAGAAUCAUUAAGCUCCCUUUUGGUGGAGACAGGAGGCCCAAUGCAACAGCGUCGGGGGGUGAGGAUGUUAGUAGUACACCCUCAGUAUGACCCCUCUUCCCAGGACAACGAUGUGGCCCUGCUACAGCUGGAUGUCUCACUGCUUCUCAAUGAGCAUUCCCAGUCUGUCUGUCUGCCCCGAUUGGGACAGGAAGUCCCAGCUUCCCAGGUCUGCAUGCUUUCCCGGUGGGAAGGUCAGACAGGUGGACCAUGGAGCGGCACUGUCAACCCUCUAGAGGUGCCUCUGGUAAGCCGUGCUGAUUGUGAACGUUAUUACGCCGGUCGUCUGAGUCUGACUCCCAGAAUGCUGUGUGCUGGGAUUCCACAGCUUCAUGGACUGAACACCUGCACGGGGUUUUCUCCACAGAAGACCCAGUUGACUCCUCUAGGACCCUUCCAGAGUGGGACGAUGAGGGGCCGGCGGACCUGUCCUUCACAGAUGAUGACCAUAAUGAUUCUGGGGUUGAGUCAUCUGGAGAAGCCGGUUAGACUAGACCCACCCAGCCUGUGUGACCACAUGUUAAUCCACUGGAGCCAAGGAGUGUUUUGUUACUGGCAUUUACAGCACAGACAUGGAGAAGACACAGUUUUACCAUCCAGCUUAAAAAAGGAAGAUUUAAUCAGCAUAAAUUCCAUGGACUUCAGCCGGAAUGAUUAUGUAACAAAAUUGUACUGGCAUUGUAAUUUUCUUUUAAUAAAGAAAUUCAUGAAUAUAAUAUUAAUUAAAAACUGCUGGCAGCAUUUUCGGGACCUGAACCUCGCAAUGAUCUGUUUACUGUGGGAUAUCACUGCUAUAGACUACUGUCCUUAUUUAUAUAAUUUAAAACUAAUAUCAUAGCUAUAGACUACUGUCCUUAUUUG